AUGCAUUUGAAUGAACAUCAGUUUCCUGAUAAACUGGCUGGGAUCGGACAUCCAGAGUUUGCUGAUGCUGUUGAUGUCCAUGUCUGUGCCGGCUUCAGUGGUUCCCUGUUUUUCUGUGAUUUUUCUCCUGAUGUUAGAUUAGUUUGUGUUUGGACAUUUGAGGUGUACUCUGUGGACAAUGAGGACCAGACAGGUGCGUCUCUGGAAUUUGUGGUACCAAGAGAUCUGGCUGAUGGUUUUGUCAACAACAAAAGGGAGAACUACAAGUUUAGGUUCCAGAAGGUUUUUGACCAAACAGCCAAACAAGAAGAUAUAUUUGAGAACAUUGCCAAGCCAGUUGCAGACAGUGUACUGGCUGGCUAUAAUGGAACAAUAUUUGCCUAUGGACAAACAGGAAGUGGAAAGACAUUCACCAUUACAGGAGGAGCAGAGCACUACAAAGAUCGUGGAAUCAUUCCUCGCACCCUCUCCUACCUUUUUGAAUGCUUCGGUCAGGACAGCAGUAUGAUUUAUACAACACACAUCUCCUACCUGGAGAUCUACAAUGAGAUGGGAUACGACCUUCUGGAUUCCCGACACGAAGCAUCUCGACUAGAAGAUUUACCAAAAGUGGUGAUCAUGGAGGAUACAGAGCAGAACAUUCAUCUCAGAAACCUCUCUCUUCAGCCAUCAGCCAAUGAGGAGGAAGCCUUGAACCUGCUCUUCGUGGGUGAUACCAAUCGUAUGAUUGCAGAGACUCCGAUGAACCAGGCGUCCACACGAUCCCACUGUAUUUUCACUGUCCACCUGUGCAGACGCGAGCCUGGCUCAGCCACCCUGCGGCGCUCAAAGCUCCACCUGGUGGACCUGGCAGGAUCUGAUAGAGUUAGCAAGACUGGUCUUAAUGGGCAACUCCUCACUGAGGCCAAGUACAUCAACCUCUCUCUGCACUACCUGGAGCAGGUGAUCAUUGCUUUGUCAGAAAAGAACCGCUCCCAUAUACCUUACAGGAACUCCAUGUUGACAUCUGUGCUGAGGGACAGCCUUGGGGGAAACUGCAUGACUACCAUGAUCGCUACCAUGGGAGUGGACAGGAGAAACCUUGAUGAAUCCAUCUCUACAUGCCGCUUUGCUCAGCGCGUGGCUCUCAUCAAGAACGAGGCGGUACUGAAUGAAGAACUGGAUCCUUCUCUGCUAAUAGCCCGUUUGAAGAGAGAGAUCCAGUCUCUGAAGGAAGAGCUUGAAAUGGUAACAGGAGAGCAGAGAAAUGACCAGCUGGCUGUGGAAGAGAGACAACAGUUGGAAGAGUUAGUCAGAGCCUUUCUGGACGACCCUGACCCAGACGUGACACUGUCAUUAGGAGCAGACAUGCGAAAAAUCCAGCACUGUUUCUCUCUGCUGAAGUGUAUGAUUAUGGAGACACAAGGUGGAGGAGAUAAACCCGGUGAUAGUAAAGAAUCAUCCGGAGCAACAGUCAUCAGGAAAAGAGAAGAAAUUCACAACAUCGCCCACAGUGCAGCAGAAGUAACCAAAUUAAAGGAGAUGCUGACUCAGCGUGAUAAUGAGAUAAGUGUCCUUGUUAAGAUGCUGAAAAAGGAGAAGAAAAGAGUCCAGGAUGCUGCUGCUCAGCUCACCAACAUCACCAACAACCAGAGCUCUGAGAGCCCUUUGGGGUUUUCCUCAGUCCAGAUGUUGAUGGGUGGAAACACAGACACCACAUCUGGUCACCAUGGAGGAAGAGCAGCACAAUAUAUGAAAAGAGAUGCACAGCUGUCCAUGGGAAAGCAGGAAGCCCUUGAGACCUUCAUCAGGGACCAUGAUGACCAUCGAACCAUUGAGGACAACAAAAACCUUCUUAAACAAAGGUCGGCUGAGGCCAGAAAACUUGGAGAGCAACUGAAUGAAACCAGAAACAGAAUCAAUGAGUUGAAGAAGCAGUUGGAGAAGCACAGGAGGCAAAGGGCAGCUCAAAGUGUUAUGGCAAAUCACACUGAGGCAGAGCAGGAGGACGACCCUGUCGAGGAAAACUUGCGCAAACACAUUGAGCAAGAGAAAAGGGCUUACAAGAGCACCGUAGACUGUCUGAAAACACUGAGGAUGGAGAUCGAGCACCUGCAGCUGCUCUUAGAGAGGGCAAAGGUCAAGCUGCAGAGGGACUUCCAUAAGUGCUGGAGCCAGGAGGCCUCAUAUGUGCAGGAGGCUGACUCAGAGGGCACCACCAGAUGUCACACUGCGUCAUCCGUCGCCUUGCUGCCAUCUUCGCCUCGCACUCCAGGAUUUCGUGCAGCUGCUCUGAGCAGCACAAAAAGAGACCCUUCAUCAGAUGUAGAUCCACACCCAGACUCUCCUGUCACACCUGUUCAAGAUCUCAGAGACUUCAUUUCUGAAAGCGUCCCCCCAGUGACAGCAUGGCCUGAAAAGUCCAUCGAUGGGAGAGUGACUGACUUCAUUCCCUCGUCUGAGUGGAGAGCCCUUUCCACCACCAAGCUGUCGUCCGCCUCCAUCCCUCUGACUGGAGACCAGCAGGCUGAUGAUGACAUCCUGGCCUUCAUCAGAGCAAGGCAAAACCUCCUCAACAGAACAGGACAUCCACUUUAAGAAAUGGUGGGGAAGGCCUGGAAAUCCUAAGGCGUUUGGCAUCUGAAGCUUGAACAACGUCCACAGCUACCAACUUUUUAUUCAACAUGAUUGAACAUGGCUGGACAGAGGAAGAAGAUAUGUGAAGGAUUUAUCCUUAAAUUAAAUGAUCUUAUUCUCAUAGAGAGCUCAAAAGCCAGCCUAGAGCUCUCUGAUUUAUCCUGACACAGCAGUAUUGAUCACACUGUGUCGUUGAAGCUUAGCAAGUGUUGGUUCAAGGUAGCAAAGACCACAUGUCUUUGUAUGUAUGAGUUUGAAGAAGUGAUAUAUGGUGCAUAUGCAGCAGACAUUUCUGCCUAUUCUGAUUUUGUUUUCAGUAACAUUUGUGUAAAAUUCUGUAAAUAUAAAAUGAAAUAUAUGUGCAAAAAUAAAGAUUGUUGUUUUACUUUAACUGCACAAAAAGUACAAUAAAACUUUAGAAUUAUUCUUGUCAAUAAAUCCUUAUAGCUAAAAUGCGAUCGAGCCCUUUAAGCUCUACAAGUUGCAUAUUCCUGUAAAGAGUUAAUGAGAUUGAAAUAAGUGCAUUUUAAGCAUAUUGUUGGAGUUUUUAGACUCGUUAUUAUAGACUGAAAAACCUUUGAAAUCUUGUGCUUCUAAUUGUGUAAUAAGUUGUAGAUGCAUUUUUAAGUCUUACACCUUUGUAUAUGUAUUCUGUUAAACCCAAACUGUUCCUACUCCAUGCUGGAGAAACCAUUGAAGAUGUGCAUUUUAUUUUUGGGUUGUUUAUGUGACAGUCAUUUUGCCGGUACCAUAGACAUAAAAGGAGGAGGUGUGUAGCCUCCUGAUUUCAGUCAGUGCUGAGGUGCAUUC